CGGGGCCGGGAGCAGGGGGCGAGCGGGGUCCCGACUUCCGGCGCGGCGGAGCGCGGCGGCUCGGGCGGAGGUUGCGGGUGGGCGCAGUCAUGGUCAAGAUCAGCUUCCAGCCGGCCGCGGGCGGCGCCAAGGCCGACAAGGCGGACCCGGCCGAGCCCGCGCCGGCGGCCGCCGAGAUCCUGCUGACGCCCGCGCGGGAGGAGCGCCCACCAUGCCACCGCCACAGGAAGGGGGGCUCCGUGGGUGGCAUGUGCUACCUGUCCGUGGGCAUGCUGGUCCUGCUCAUGGGGCUGGCCUUCGCCUUUGUCUACAUCUACCGCUACUUCUUCCUGGCUCAGCUGGCCCGGGAUAAUUUCUUCCACUGCGGCGUGUUCUACGAGGACUCGCUGUCCUCGCAGCUGCGUACACGCAUGGAGCUGGAGGAGGACGUGAACAUCUACCUGGAGGAGAACUACGAGCGCAUCAACGUGCCGGUGCCCCAGUUCGGGGGCGGGGACCCGGCCGACAUCAUCCACGACUUCCAGCGGGGCCUCACCGCCUACCACGACAUCUCCCUGGACAAGUGCUACAUCAUCGAACUCAACACCACCAUUGUGCUGCCCCCCCGGAACUUCUGGGAGCUGCUUAUAAACGUGAAGAGAGGGACCUACCUACCGCAGACCUACAUCAUCCAGGAGGAGAUGGUGGUCACCGAGCACGUCAGCGACAAGGAGGCUCUGGGCUCCUUCAUCUACCACCUGUGCAGCGGGAAGGACACGUACCGCCUGCGUCGCCGGGCCACCCGGAGGCGGAUCACCAAGCGCGCGGCCCAGCCCUGCAACGCCAUCCGCCACUUCGAGAACACGUUCGUGGUGGAGACCCUCAUCUGCGGGGUGGUGUGAGGGGCCCGCCCGGCCCUCCCCCCCGCCCGCCCGCCCUCUGCGCCUCUUCCGGCCU